GCUUGAUCACUGAUAACUGCUAGAGGAUCACUUUAAGAAAAUCUGUUUACGCAUCAUCGUCUGAUGGUCUGGUGCUCCCCCUCUACACCCAAAUCAUUGGCGCUGACCGUCGGCUGCUUCACAGCUGGGGCUUCUUUGUUCGCUCUCGGCGCUUAUCUCUCUUUCGUCAAUAUCGCGCCUCAGCAGGCACGCAUCAAAGCUCGAAACGAUUUCGUUAGAGAGCGUCUCAAGAAGAAAUACGGUAACUAAUCACAAUCCCUCUCUCAACACAAUC